UUAAACAUUCAACGAACGCCAAUCGAGCAGCGAGGAAUAACAACGCAAAGAAUAUCGUAUCGAAGAACUAUGUCCGACAUUCAAGUUAAUGUGCAGUGCGAGUGCUACCAUCGUCGCGGAUUGUUGUAUUUUGCCAAUCCGCUGGCCUGGGGACGUCCCUGUCGCCGUUGCCGUCGCAUGAUGAGCAGAAGCAAUAUCGUUGUGGUGCCCACACCGAUGGCAGUGCCAGCCGCCACCACUGGGCCUUGCUGCCACACCACCACUGUGGUGCAGGGCACACCAGCAGCCAACUACCAGCAGCAGCAGCAGCAGCAGCAGUAUCCACCGAUGAACGUCUCCGCUUUGCCACCAAAGUACGACCAGGCGGUGGCCUCCUACUAAUCCCACUAAGGCUGGUUCAUUCCUGAUCAUUUGUAACCUUCUGUGCAAAUAAAAAUCGUUUAAGAAACAUUGCAGAAAAAAAAAUCAAAAACAAA